AUGAAGUCUUUUAUUCUCUGGGCAGGUAUAUUCGGCCUUACGGCCGCUCGAAGUCCCCUGACAGUGCAGACCGACACCGGAGUCUUCACUGGUCUCCAGAAUGACGAUUACAGCGGUGUCCGGGAAUUCCGCAAUAUUCCCUUUGCGCAACCUCCCGUAGGUGAGUUGCGUUUCAAGCCUCCGCAGCGUCUGCCGAAGUCGACGAAACACUACUACUCUACACGCUUCCCUCCCUCGUGUCCGCAAUUCGUCUCAAAUAAACCCACCUUUUUCAAUCUCUUCACUCCGUAUCUGGAUGCCAACAAUGGAAACCAGAACCAUUCCACGGGAUUCAGCCUACAGACAGGUUCUGAGGACUGCCUCAGCCUGGCUAUCUGGACCCCGUACGAUGUUUCACCCAAAUCAAAGCUGCCUGUUAUAUUCUUUAUGACUGGCGGCGGCUUCAAGACUGGCGGUAUCGAUGAGCCAGGCCAGAUUCCUGCACCAUGGGUGAACCGCACGCAGGAACACAUUGUUGUGACAAUUAACUACCGCGUCAACAUCUUUGGCUAUCCCAACGCAGCAGGCCUCGACAAUCCCAACCCAGCUCUCUUGGAUCAGCGCAUGGCGCUAGAAUGGGUGCAUGAAAACAUUGGCAACUUCGGCGGAAAUCCCAAAGCCAUCACCAUGUGGGGACAAUCUGCUGGCGCGAUAAGCACCGACUACCACAACUAUGCAUUUUGGGACAAGCCUAUUGUCCAAGGCAGUUUCUCGCAGUCAGGAACGGCAGUCAAAUCAGUGACCUCAACCGACUUCGCCCAGUCGAACUUCACCUUCGUGGCCAAGAACCUAGGCUGCGACUUCCCCAAUGACGCAACUGCAGAACUGCAAUGCAUGCAGCAAGUUUCAAUGGAUCAGAUAGAGAAUUACAUCGGCCAGUACAGUGGAAGCCCCGGCUUGACCUUUGGCCCCAUCGUUGACAACGUCUACCUGUUCUCUGACUACCCAGCUCGCGCAGCAGCAGGGAAGAUCUCACCACGACCCGCCAUUUUCUCCGACGCGGCCAACAACGACGCAGACCUAGUAACUUGGCCAUCCUCGAACGUUUCCGCAGGCCCCUAUCAGCCCACCGUCAACGCAGGAACCUUGAAAGACUGGGUUUGCCCAACAGCAAACACAAGCCUCAUCCGCACAGCCGCAAACCUUACCACAUACCGGUACCAAUACGCCGGCCAGUGGGCAAAUCAGAACCCCUAUAAAUGGCUCGGAGCUUAUCAUUCAUCGGAUCUGGUGAUGAACUUUGGAACGUACUACUAUAACGUGACGAAUGCUACAGUUGGGCCUUCCGCGGCGGAGGCGAAGACGAGUCAAGUGAUGCAGGACCAUAUCUUGGCUUUUAUGAAGGAUCCCGUAAAGGGUCCGCCUGCUAUUGGAUGGCACCCUUAUCAUUAUGGGGGUGAUGUAUUGAGGUUUGGGGAGGAGGGUAUUCCGAUGAAGAACGUUAGUGGGUAUGCGAUUGAUGGACCUUGCUUUGGAAAUGGUACUUAUAAUCCGUUCCCGUAA